UUGCAGAGGAAUCAUCCAGGAGCAGCAGCCAGAGGAGAAAUUGGCAGACAUGGACCUGAGCAGCCUGGACAUCCUUCUAAGCAGAGAUUAACAGACCUCAACUUUCUACCUUCCACAUAACGGGGUGUGAGUAAGCGUACCAAUAGAAAAGAAGUGGAGGGUCAGCGUCCACUUCCCUCAUGCGAUGGAAAGCGAGUGAGAGCGAUGAGAUAGCAAGCAUUACUGAUGCCAGAGGAAGUAUCCAGGAACCCCAGGCCGAGCAGAAACUGGCAGAAGUGGACCUGAUCAGCCUGAGCAUCCUUCUAAGCAGACAUGAACAGUCCUUUCCUUUUUGCCUCCCACUUAACUUGGUGUGGGCCCCCAGCGAGUACGAGACCAGCCCCGAGCAAGUCUUCUACUGCAUCGCCCACCUCACCCGCAGGCAGCAGGAUGUGCUGUGGGUGGUGGCUGUGACCUCGGCAGGACGCAGCAACAUCAGUGCAAAGGUCAUUGGGAAAGCCCAGACCAUCUCCUUCGGCGGCACCGUCACCAUUCCGUGGAUAAGGACGUGAGGCUGCCGUGCAGUGCAGUUGGGGAGCCGGCCCCUGUCAUGAAAUGGAC